CGCCGGCACAACAGAAUAUUCAUUGCGUAUGUAUGAUUGAUUAUUUGCUGGAUAGUGCAGGGAUAUCUUUGCCAUUUAUCACUCUCCAUAUUAAGUGAUAAGGACGAAGAAAAGUGUCGACUAUAAACUUAACAGUCCCACUUUCAUCCCUCGUGGCUUGUCGAAUGAUGACGGCCGUAAUGUGGAUCAUGGAGGAAAUGUUCAUGAUGGUCAUAGAAAAUAUUCAUGAUGAUACUGAUGCCAUGGACCAUCCCAAUCAUCGUUCUACAAGCCAGAAGCUGUCAUCGGUACUAUCAACAGAGCUAGCAAUAAUGUUGUGACAAGUCGUCGUAAUACCAUUUGCUUCUAAAAAAGUUUUGAAAAUUUGGAGGUUUUCAUAAUUGCUAUUUUUCUACUUUAAUGAAAAGUGCAGUGAGAAGUAUACAUAAAAACUGGUAAAAUAUUAGGAGAUACUAUCCUAUUUCAGCUUAAUGAGGAAGGGUGAAAUUAAUGAGAAUGUCGCGGUGAAAGAAACUUAUCUACCCGAAAUGAGGUCAAGUCACUAAGCCGAAAUGAAGCCACA